AUCCGCGAACUUCAACAACGCCACCGGGGACUGCCAGAUCUCCGACAUGGACCGCCACACCACCGUGGGCACCGGGGCAUUCAAGGUGGCCGAGAACAGCGACUUCCUGGAGAAUAACUGCGUGGAUGAUCCCGUGAGGCUUUGCGAAUUCCAGAGGAUGGAGGGACGCAUCUUGAAGACUGUCGACUCGGUGUUCCAGGACGUGGAGAGUCUGGAGGACUGCAAGCGUCUCUGUCUCACCGCCCCCUUCAGGUGCUACUCCUUCGACUUCGGCGACACCGGCGACAAGGUGUGCCGCCUGUCCCACCACUCCGCCGCCACGCUCACGCACAUCGAGGAGCCGUACCUGGAGAUCGCCGAGACCGCCACCUACGAGCUCUCGUCCUGCUACAACGUGACGAUCGACUGCCGCUCCGGAGACAUGGUGGCCAAGAUCAAGACGUCUAAGAUCUUCAACGGCAAGAUCUACGCCAAGGGCUCCCCUAACACCUGCGUCAACGACAUCGAGAACGCGCUCGAGUUCGAACUGCAGAUGACCUACAACGACAUCGACUGCGACGUGGAGCGUGACAGCGCCUCUCGCUACAGCAACGACGUGGUCAUCCAGCACCACGACAUGAUCGUGACCUCGGCCGACUUGGGGCUCCGCGUACACUGCCAGUACGACCUGACCAACAAGAGCGUGAGCAACCGCGUCGACCUGAACGUGGAGGAGGACCUGAGCCCCAUCAUGGAGGAGGGCAGCACCGUGGACUCCCCCAACGUGAUCAUGCGCGUGACCAACCGCAACGGCGACGACAUCUCUGACGCCUCCGUCGGCGACAUGCUCCAGCUGCGCUUCGAGAUCGUCGACCGCAACUCCCCCUACGAGAUCUUCGUGCGCGACCUAGUGGCCAUGGACGGCGGAAACACCAAGAACCUCACGCUCCUGGACGGCCGCGGAUGCCCCACUGAGAUCUCCAUCAUGAGGCCACUCCUCAAGGUCGACAGCACCGGCAAGGUCCUCGGCGCCACCUUCGACGCCUUCAAGUUCCCCACCAGCGAUGUCGUUCAGUUCCGUGCCCUUGUGACGCCGUGCCUGCCCACCUGCGAGCCCGUCGUGUGUGACGUCAUGGACUUCGGUGGCCAGGUGAAGCAGGCCGAGAGCUACGGAAGGAAGAAGAGGGACAUCUCUGAGAUGACCACCGGGCUACUUAGUCAUUUCUCGAUGGAUCACACAAUCAUCAACCCUAACUCCAUGAGCGUCGUGUCCCACCUCGCGCCGAGGUUGAGGCGAGAGGCCACGAAGGAGAUCCCCGAAGAGCUCCUGGUGGUGCAGUCCAUCAACAUCUUGGACAAGUUCGCCUUCAGAGGACCUCAGACCCAGAGCCGAGAAAACGCCGCCAGCAACAACAGAAAGGAGACCGUCACUGCGACCGACGGCGACCCCGAGCUCGUGCUGCAGGAGGACGUGUCCGGCGUGUGCAUCAACAUGGUGGGCCUCGUGCUGGCGUGCUCCGUGUUCCUGGUGGCGCAGCUGGUGAUCAUCGUGGCCUGGACCGCCGUGUGGCACCGCCGCCGCAGGAGCAAGCUGGAGGAGCCCCUCAGUCCGGCCACCACCACCGAGUCCCUCCGUCAGCUCUACGACUCGGGCUACCCACGCAGGAUCUAACGCCGUCUCCCCGCUCGCGCCGCCGUUGCACUCACCGACGCCCUGCGCCCCGUCCUGAGGGUGUCCUUCCGGGCCAGCGACAGCCCGAGGCGCGGCGCGGACGCU